AUGGGUGAUACACACUUCUUUAUCAACGAUCACGGAAAGGAGCCGCCACAGCAGAGGGUGCCGAGGGGACAAGCUGCAAGAUCAUCCUCCUCCGGUCAAGUGUGGUUGUCAGUGUUGGCUCAGGCUCUACAACCGCCACCAUCGAGAAAUGAUCCAGUGAAUGCUGAGCCAGUCUUACAAUUCACCGAGCUUUAUCAAGUACUCUCCGAGAAAACGCUUGGAGCCGGUCAAUUCGGCACUGUUUAUUCGGGUGUGCAUCGACAAAGUGGCCGAGAAGUGGCUGUAAAGGUGAUUUCAAAGGAGCGUUUCUCGAAAAAGCCAAAUAACGGAGCGGACACUCUUCGCUCUGAAGUCGCUAUUUUGCAGACAAUCAGCCAUUCUGGCAUUGUUCGUCUUGAGUCAAUGUUUGAGACGAAAGACAAGAUUUUCGUGGUGAUGGAGAAAAUGAAUGGGGACAUGCUGGAGAUGAUACUUUCACAGGCCGUUGGCCGCUUGGACGAACGCGUGACCCGGUUCUUGAGCUUACAAAUCCUCUCCGCUCUUCGGUAUCUUCAUGCAAAGGGAAUCGCUCACUGUGAUCUAAAGCCGGAAAACGUGCUCCUUUCCGAGCUUUCCUCGAAUUUCCCCCAAACGAAACUCUGUGAUUUCGGAUAUGCACGGUAUUAU